AUGGGCCAGGGCGAUGAGAGCGAUCGCAUUGUGAUCAAUGUGGGAGGGACCAGGCAUCAGACUUACCGCAGCACCUUACGCACCUUGCCCGGCACUCGAUUGGCCUGGAUCGCAGAGCCGGAUGCCCACAGUCACUUUGACUAUGACCCCCGCACAGAUGAGUUCUUCUUUGACCGGCACCCAGGUGUCUUUGCCCAUAUCCUGAACUACUACCGCACAGGUAAGCUGCACUGCCCAGCAGAUGUCUGUGGACCUCUAUAUGAGGAGGAGCUGGCCUUCUGGGGCAUCGAUGAAACCGAUGUGGAGCCCUGUUGUUGGAUGACCUACAGGCAGCACCGUGAUGCUGAAGAGGCCCUUGACAGUUUUGACUCAGGUGAUGGUGAGGAGGAGCUGGAGAUGACUAAACGCCUGGCACUCAGUGAUUCUCCAGAUGGAAGGCCUGGGGGCUUUUGGAAGAGGUGGCAGCCCCGUAUCUGGGCACUAUUUGAGGAUCCCUAUUCCUCCAGAUAUGCAAGGGUAAGCCAAACAACCGGCACUCAGAAUACCUUAUUUACAUAAACUCUAAGAGGGUUUUUAACUCGGUGCUGUUCACCAGUUCCUGGUUGCAUUUCAUGUGCUGCAAACCAUGCAGGGCCUCUCCACUUAAGGGCAGGUAAGGGAAGCCACGUGCCUUUUAAGGCUGGCACCACAUGAGUGAAGGCAGCGCUUCAGAACAAGGGCAGAUACAAGGGCAUAACACAC